ACAAUUCGCAUCAUGAUCGUUAUCGGCUUGCGUGUUGUGUGCUUAGCAAGUGCAGUCAUUGCCCUGAGUGAUCCCGCCACAGAUCUUCCAAGAUUUGGCAAGCCUCUGAAUAAUCUCACCGUCUCCGUGGGACGAGAGGCCAUUUUCACCUGCAUCGUGGAGAAUCUUGGGCCUUACAAGGUGGCAUGGUUACGAGUCGACACGCAGACCAUCCUAACGAUCGCCAGUCACGUUAUCACGAAGAAUCAUCGAAUAUCUGUGACGCACAGUGGCCAUCGCACUUGGUCUCUGCACAUUCGCGACACGCGAGAGACCGAUCGCGGUUGGUACAUGUGCCAAGUAAACACAGAUCCAAUGUCCAGUAACACUGGCUUUUUGGAAGUUGUUGUACCUCCGGACAUUCUCGAUUACCCAACGAGCACUGAUAUGAUUGUCAGGGAGGGAAGCAAUGUGACCCUGAGGUGCGCUGCCACUGGAACACCUGAGCCAACUGUCACCUGGAGGCGAGAAGCUGGUGGAAGGAUAACAUUGUCCACCUGGCAUGAUGCACAGGUACUGGAGGGUCCGGACCUGGAGUUGAUCCGAGUGACCCGUCAGCAGAUGGGGCCAUAUCUCUGCAUCGCCUCCAAUGGAGUCCCACCCUCCGUCAGCAAGCGGAUUCUCCUCGUCGUUCACUUUCCUCCGAUGAUUCAAAUUGAGAAUCAACUGAUUGGUGCUUAUGAAAAUCAAAGUCUAGUCCUGGAGUGCACCAGCGAGGCUUAUCCCCGGCCAAUCGUUUACUGGACUAGACCUACGAAUGAGACUAUAGUAAACGACAACAAUUACAAGAUGGAUCUCACGACCAGCGGGUACGUGACGACCAUGAGACUGAAGAUAAAAUCAAUAAGACCGCAGGACUACGGAUCCUUCCAGUGUAUGGCGACUAAUUCUCUCGGGGAAACCGAUGGGAAAAUAAAAUUAUACAAAAUACCUAAGCCACCGUCAACUCGCAAGCCCAAUAGCCGUCGUGACUCGAAAAAAUACUGGAAGAUUGAUCAAAAACGCACCCAGGAAACAGGUGAAAUAAAGGAUGAGCUGAGUUUGAAGGAUGAGGAUGACGAGGAUUCAAUGGAUUUUCAAUCGUCCACAUCAGACGGUAGCUCUCACCAAUCAUCACCCAGUCAUAUCCCAGCACUUCUGAUACUGACGCUGGCAUUACGACUGACAUCCUAGGUGUGAAUGAUAGCACCAGUGGGUGGAUAUUUCAUUGCUCUUUUCACCGUGACUCGGCGAAACUUAUCGCGAAGGACAGAUGGAUUAAUUGCAUUUCGAUUAUGCGAGAUUAAUCAACUUCCAUUUUUCCAUCGGGCAUGUCUGUCAUGAGAGAUAAAACCGAUGAAUACGUCUGGAAUUUGCAUUAUAAAGUUUUGAUGAGAGUUCAGGCACUGGUCUUUCAAGCGCUGAGUUCACGUGAUUGUGGGCUGAAUCUUGAGGAAGAUGAUGAGAUCUCAAUGUCCAAUAAAAAUUACCAGGCACUUGCGACAAAGAAAUGCUAAUUCCUCUCGUCAAGGCAGCUUCAUCGAUCUGUAUAAAGAUUCGUCGUACAAGACGGCGUAUGUCCCAGUGAGUGUAAAAAUGGGUCGAUGAAUGUUUCUUAUUCAAUUCUCUUCCUUUGAUGUUGGAGUGGAUGAAUAAAGCACGAGUUAUCUAUGUUACUCAUUCAUGAGAGCUUGCCGUCGGGUUGGAGCUCAUGUAUGGAAUUUCCUCCACCUGAAAAAUAUAAUUCCGCAGACGGAAAAAUGUAAAUAUCGUAUGAGUGGUGAUUAUUCCUUACACUGCUAUGGAAUAUCUUGAAAUUCUUUCGCGUAUCGCUCGAAUUAAUUAUGGAAAAUGAUAUACAGUCGGGGGAUGAUGGGACAUAUGAUGAAAAUUGUAGAUUCAUUAUUCAUUCGUCGGUAGAUUUAUCUCGGUCGAUUUUCCAAUGCCAAUUAUCCGUCGUCGACCGCUCGCUUGGCGAUAAUUGAGAGUUGAAGAUAUUGCUGUAGAAUAUUUGGGUCGUACUUGUGUUGACUUGCUCAUGAAGUGAAAAUUAUGGAAUCAUUCGACUUGCACAUCUCUCGGUUGGAGAUAUUCUCGAGGCUUUAUGUAUUCUGGGGCACAUGAAUUGUCGGGGUAAUGGUCGCUGUAAUGUAGGUUACGGUAUGGUAUGUUAGAUGUAAUGAAUAUUAUCGUAUGAUUCAAAAAUAAAUUAAUCCUUUAUUGGACUGUUUCUGAAAUUUCAGUUGGUUUUCACGAUCGAUAUUCAUUAUUACAAUUAUUAAUUCAAUUCCAUUUUCAUCUGCAAUUGAGAGCAUCUGCCCGUAUCCCUCGCCAAUUGCAUUCAUUCAUUUAUGACCCUCAAUUUAUGGAUUAAUGUAAUUAUGAAUGAUGUAAUGAGCCUCAGUGAUGUGUACAUAUGCAGGGAGAUAAUCGAUUUAAUUUUUGAAUGUCUGCGGAGGAUUCUGUACAUAAUA